AUGAAGAUUGAAAUUGUAUCAAAAGAGUUGAUUAGACCAUUAUUUCCAACUCCCAAUAACCUUAGAACCCACAACUUAUCCAGUUUAGAUCAGCUUUUUCCUUCGUUGUAUGUCGAUCACCUCCUUUACUAUCCAAACUUUGAUAGCAAUAACAGCAGCCUAGGCGAUGAUGAGAACAAGAUCUUGUCAGUAUCAUCUCGUCGUCGCUGUGAUAUUCUCAAGAAAUCCUUAGGGGAGACUUUAACUAGAUACUAUCCGUUGGCUGGAAGGAUAAAAGAUGACAAAUCUGUUGAGUGUAAUGAUGAAGGGGUGGAGUACAUCGAGGCCAAAGUGGUCGGCAGAGUAGUCUCUCAAAUUAUACAACUCGCCAAUUCUGAUAUUGAGGUUAUGGAACCCUUCCUACCAUAUGAGCCUUAUGGAGGGACCGGGUCAGCGUUUAGGAGAGGGAUACUACACUUGAACUCCAAAGCUCUCUUAAAAAUCCAAGUCAAUGUCUUUGAUUGUGGUGGAACAGUCAUCUGUUUCUCCUACUCACACAAGUUAGUUGAUGCAUUUUCCUUCGUUAAUUUUGUGAAUGACUGGGCAACCACAGCUCGAGGUGCUUCUGGUACUCAUGACGAUAAACUAAAGGUUGCAGCAACUGGUAAGCCUUGUUACAUACUUUCCUCCAUAUUCCCACCAACAAACACCAGCGACAAAAAAGAAAUUGAUACCGCAGAUAUCCAAAUUGUGACAGAUAAAAUAAAAAUAGUAACUAAAAGAUUUGUGUUCAAGGAUUCUAGCAUAGCUAUACUGAAGAAGAAGUGCAUCCCCAAGAACACCAGUAACGGAUCAGAUUAUCAAGUUGAUAAGCACGACGAAAACAUGCAGCAGCUGCCUACACGAUUUGAAGCUUUAACAUCUUUUAUAUUGAUGUGUUUCAUGGAUGUGCAUCGAUCCAAAGUAAAGCAGCUAGACGAUGCUGUCAGCCCUAUCAAUGCGGUAAAUGUUGUUUCUGUUCCAAAGCAAGUGCAGUACGUAGCAGGAUUUGCAAUAAAUUUGAGGACUAGGACGAUUCCACCGUUGCCAGCCAAUAGCUUCGGGAAUAUGACCGAUACUGCCAUCGCAGAAAUACCCCGUAACUUAACUGGUGGUAGUAUUAAUAACAACGGGAACGGUUUUCAUGAUCAAAACCAAUGCUACCCGAAGUUGGUGUCCAAGAUUAAGGAUUCCAUAAAGUUGGUCGACAGUGAGCACGUGAAUGCCAUGAAAAGAAACUUGGCAACCUCAUGCAACCAUAUGAAGAUGCAUCAGAUGUUGAAGGAAGGUACAUUUGAUCAUGAGACCACGGAUUUACUACUGUUCAGCAGUUGGUGUAGGUUCCCCAUAUUUGAAGCAGACUUCGGUUGGGGAAAACCAAGUUGGGCUAGCAUUUCUAAACUACUUUUUAAGAAUUGUGUUAUGUUUAUCGAUACAAGUUCUGGGGAUGGGGUAGAAGCAUGGAUAAGCUUGAAAGAGGAAGAUAUGGUUGAAUUUGAACGUCAUGAAGAACUCCUUACAUUUGCUUCUUAA